CGAUGACCUCGUGUUCUCAUCAUCUCUAACGACAUCGAACACGACAAUCUCAUGCACGCGUACAACACGACAUGUCGUCUACGGAGAAACCACUCCCUAAUAUACCCUCUGGCUCGCGCGGUGCAAGGCGCAUUACGCCCAACCUCACCUUAACUAUCGACGCUCGCGCGCACCUACACCGGUUCGUUGCGCGUGCUCUUGACGAAGAACUCGACGUUCGCGACAGGGAUACAUGGGCGGAGCGCAUAGAGGCGUCACUCGAGGAACUCGGAGCAAGCAUCUCGCGCGGAGGAUGGCUCGCAGGACUUAAACGAGCCAGGUAUGUGCGCAAGCAACUCCGCGACGAAGAGGAGCGGCAGCGGGCGGAAGAACGCGCGAAGAAGGAGAAAGAGGAAGACGAGAGGACGAGGAACCGGACCACGAAGGGCCGCAGCAGGAUGCGCGAGGUCGUCCUGGACGAUAGCCACGCCGAGGAUGCGCCUACCGAGGAGGAGUGCAAUGCCGCGCUCGACCAGCUCCGGGAACUUGCAUUCAAGCCGUCCAUACCAACACCAAAGCCGACAAUGAAGCACCUGCUCCUCGUGGCUACGGGGCUCAACUCUCAAGUGGACGAGCCGGCGGAGGACAUGGGAUUCAGGUUAGUGCGUCCCGCGGUUGGCUGCUCAUUUAGAGCAGGGGACUUCGCCUGGCCGAGAGUUGCUGCGCCAGUCAACGAGGCGGACGCUGCAAUAUUGUUCGGCUUACAAGAGUGGGACGCUCGUCUCGUGGCUGGCGAAGAUCCUCUGCAGGUCGUCGGGGGCACAUUCCGACUCAAGGGUCUGUCGUCUCUGCCUCAGUAUGUUGCUCUGUGCCGCGUUCUCCGUCUGUCCGUCUUCACGUACCUCGCGCUGCUUCUCGAACAAGACCUGCUUGCCAAUUCGCAUGUCGCGCUUCACUAUCCCAAGCCUGCCAUUCCAUCCCUUCCGUCAUUUCCUACUACAGUCGAGCGCUCUUCCAGUACGCCAAACGUCAAGGACAAAUUGAAGCGCGAGUCGACUCCGGGGCUCUGGUCUUUUCUGACGAAGAAGACCGAGGACUUCAUUCAGCGAGCUAGCAAUGUCGCCCCGGUUGCUGUACGGCGCGGUUCUCUUGAGCUUCCUCUGACUUCCAAAUUCUCUCGACAUACGUCUCUUCCACAACGACCUGACGGCGGGUUUCUACCGCGAAGACUGUCCUUGCUCUCCACUGUUUCCUCUCGGCUGUCUCAGGAGGCCUCCGGCGAGGCCAAUCAGAUGCCAUACACAACCGGUGCACGACGUAUCGACUCGUGGAAGGACCUCCUAUCGACCACCCCGGGCGUCGUCUUUCUGCCGCCGCGAUUCUUACUGGAUAUCGCAGAGCAGGAACGGAAGGACCCCAGUCGGCGCUUAGCCGGAGACGAGAAGGCCGCGCUAUCUAGUCUUCUCGGGUGGCACGGCAAGGAAUCGCUCGUGCGAGGCAUUGUGGGUAUGGCGGGCUUCGUUCGUCACCAGGGACUCUUGGUGCUAUACUCGGAGCAUGUACCUGGCACGAGCUCCCUCGUAUCCCCACCUCCGACACCAGAUCAGUCUACCGGCGCGUCGUCCGCGGAGGCUCACUUCCCUUUGCGCAUCGCGUGCGGCGGACAUCGUCGGAAAUGGCUCCACUACCGGUACUAUGAGCGUGGUCGGCAAUGGGAUGACACUCUUGGAGAAGCUAUCAUGCGGUGGUGUACGACCGCUGAAGAUCCUUGCAUACACCCCGAUUGCCACUUCCAGCGCGCAGAGCACGACUUGCGAUGGAUCCACAACGGCGUCCGGCUCCUUGCAACAGUAUCGCUUCCAACUUCAGGAGAACCUUCCUCCGCAGUCGCCGACGACGACAUACACAUGUGGCACAGCUGUGCGAUAUGUGGAAAGGAGUCGACGAAAGAGGUGAUGCAUGACGGUACACACCUGACAUCGUUCGCGAAGUACCUCGAGCUGUUGAUCUACUCGCCCGCUAUUCACGCCCUGCAGCCACCACUUUGCGAGCAUACGGCCCUUCCUGGCAAGCCUUGGAGUCCGGCGGACCUCCCUGUUCCCCGCGCUCGCUUCAAUAUCCUGCGACGGUUCUCGCACAAAGGGCGGAUAGUGACGCUUACGCUCACCGAGGUGAAGGAUAUAUUCGAGGUCAAAGUCCCCAGGUUGCAGAUUCUGCGACGCAAGGGCGCCGACAAGAAGCCAGCUAAAGGGUCGCCAGAGGGCCUCGGCCCACCAUCCGCUCUCCCUUCUGAAGAACGGCGUGCGCUGCGACGCGAGAUACUGCGGUGGUGGCAGGGCUUGUCAGAACAUAUGGACCAGCUUGAGGACAAGUUCAUUACAGAUAACCCGAGUUCCUUUCACAAGACCUUGCCUCGAUUGCCCUCUGACGAUGAAAGCUUUGAUGACGAAGGCUCGCUUCCGACACCUACUGGACAUGGUCAACCCUUCCCACCUCCCAGCACUCCUUUGACUCCUACCCCGAAGGUGCCGGCAGCAGGUGCCGCACCCACUGGAUAUCCAUUCCUUCCGAUAUCUAUUCCAAUACCAAGGGCCUUCUCUGGCUCUGAGAAAGGUUCCACCUCCACGUCUCCUCUUACCACUCCUCCGGACGAGCGUACGCCCAGCGUCCUCAGUACCGCUACCGAAGAUGUCGACUCCUUGCAGCUGCUCUCGGGGCUCCGCUACAAGUUCCAGCGUACGGAACAAGAGCUCUACGCGGAACUUUCUCAGACUCCGGAGAAGAACCUAAAUGACGCACGACGUUCAUUCUUCACCGCUGCCCGCGGCGCUACCCGUCGGCUCGCGGCAUGGGAGAAGAAGCACUCUUCGCAUCUCCCCGCUGGCACGGACCUGAGCGAUGCCCCGAUCAGCCCAGAGCCAGAGUGGUGGAAGAGUGGAUGCCAUGCUGUCCCGGGAGGAAACGUGAUCGUGAGGGAAGACGAUUGGGGAAGUAUCAUUGCGUUUACUCUGAGCACGGUCGACUACCAGCGCGAGCUGUCGAACAUGAACAGUGGACGCAUCAUCACCCCAGCACCUCCGACGACCCCCUCGAUCACCCGACCGUCGCUCUUCCGCGCGGGCGAGUCACUGAAGCGGCUGGUCUCCUCCGGCACAGUGCCUCAACCAGACCCGGACCACGAUGACGCCGGUUGGCAUGAGGUGGAAACGUACUCCGCGGUGAUCAGUCGCAAAGAGCACCCGCGCGAGCCCGUCUCCCUCAUCUCAAUCCGGGACGUACUCCGGCAGAAGGCGUCAGUGGAUGCGGGCACCUCCUCGUCAAUGUUAUCUCCUGCAGGUUCCGGUAGCUCGAAGUCAAGCGGCAUCGAGACGCCUCGAUCGGUCCGUGCAAAGCCCGCUGUAGAGGUUUCUCCUCUGGCGGCAGGCGGCCGGGUCAGUGGUAUGCCAGAAGCCGUCGAGGCGGCUGGCAAGAUAUUGCAUGAGCUUGAGGCCGUCUCGAAGCCGGCCAACACCUCACAGUCGUCCUUGUCGGAGACAAAUAGCUGGCAUUCGUCUUCGAGAUUUGUCGAGACGAAUAUCCGGCGCGGGAAGGCAUCGUCGAUCGUUUCCGACAGCGAUGGGUCAACCGUUGGCCUAGACAGCGUCGGUAGCGUCACCACUCCUCCACCCCGACCGCCGCCGAAGGACGGUGACGGAGCCGGCAAGAACGUCUUGCCACCAGACCCCGUGCUCGAUUCAGAACCGCCCGCCACACCCAGCAAGCCCGGUUCGAGCACAUUCACUUCCGCAUUCACGAACUCGCUCACCUCCGCCAUGCGCUACGUCAUGAAGCCCGGGGAGCCGCAGCGCCCACCAACCGGGACGCCUCACCAUGGGCUACUGACGACCGAGCACUCUCCCAUCGACGACCGGCCGCACAUCAAGUACGACUGGACGAUCGGCAAGCGUCUGCGCUUCAGCUGUACGGCGUAUUACGCGAAGCAGUUUGAUGUCCUGCGGAAGCGGUGUGGGGUCGAGGACGUGUUCCUGAAGAGCCUCGCGCGAAGCGAGAACUGGGCGGCUGAGGGCGGGAAGAGCAAGUCGAACUUCUGGAAGACGUCGGACAAUCGAUUCAUCAUCAAGACACUCGUGAAUGCGUGGAACGUCGCUGACUUGCAAGUACUGAUCGAGCUCGGGCCUUCGUACUUCAAAUACAUGGAGGCAACUGCAAGCAAGCCUACAGUGCUGGCGAAGCUGCUUGGGUUUUACACGGUCGAGAUCAAGAACCUGGAGAGCGGCACGACGCAGGCCAAAGCGGACCUACUUGUCAUGGAGAAUCUGUUCUACACCCAGAAGAUUGCCAAGAUGUUCGACCUGAAGGGCAUUCAGGGUCGCAAGGUCAAGGCGAGCAGUGGCGCAGGCUCGAAGACCUUGUUUGACGGAGAGUGGAUCGAGGGACAACAGAGGGCGCUGACGUUAGUGCGACCGCACUCAAAGGUGAUCUUACAGGAGGCCGUACUAGCUGACUGCGAGUUCCUUGCGAAGAGUAACAUCAUGGACUACUCUCUUCUGCUCGGCGUCGAUGAGGAGAACAAACAAAUGGUCUGUGGUCUCGUUGACACCAUUGGCAGCUACACCUUCGCGAAGACCCUCGAAUACAAGGCUAAGCAAGGCUUGAACUCGGGCAAAGAAGUGACCGUUGUUCCCCCUCACGAGUACCAGGACCGCUUCGUGAGCGCCAUGGACGACUACUUCCUCGCUUGCCCCGACAAGUGGUCGCGGCCGCUGGAUAACAGUUUCGUCCCGAGCGACUACAGAGAUCUCCCCAGCGUUCUGUAG